AUGGCGUCAUCUCUCUCUUCUAUUGAAUUCAAAUUUGACAUACCAAAACAGCCCAAGCUCAAAUUUCCAUAUCACCUUCGAAACCCUACUCCCAAUUCCCUCUGCACUGCAUCCCGAAACGAUGCCACCACACGCACCACCAAUCGCCGACUCAACACAUCCACAAAACCACCAACUCUUCCCAAAACACAAAAACGCACCAACUCAUCUCCGCCACCGGAUGUGGAUUUAAUGGCGCUAUGCAAAAAUGGGUCGAUUAAAGAAACGAUUGAGUUAAUGUCUCAAGGUGUGCCCGCAGGAUCCGAUGUUUUCGAGCUUGUUUUGGAUUCGUGUGACGAUCUUGAACUGGGGAAGAAGCAUGAGGGAUGCACGCAGGGUGUUCGACAGAAUGCGUGA